GAGAAUGAGUCACGUGCGCUAUGCAAAUGAUACAGCUGUCGGAGAGGAAGGACCUGCUCAGCGGCUCUGCGGGCUGAAGAUGGCGGACGGAGAGACUAGUCUCGGAACGGCCUUAUCGGGCGCCUCCGAUAUGGAAGAACCUGCCGCGAAAAGGUCGAAAAUCAGUCCGGUAACUAACUACGGAGUUAAAGUCGCUAAAGCAGAUCAAUUAUCAUGCGUCUCUGGGGCCACAGAGAGCUGGGAGGUGGCGAUGAAUUGUUCUCAGCCAACGGAGAAGGAAGCAAAGCCGGUGAUGGCGGUAGAGCAGGCCCCAGCAGAGCUCGGGGGAGACAACAAUGGACUGGGACUGCUGGUCGCCGAGCCGCACAAACCAGUAGUGAAACAAGACGACAGCGCUGUACUCGGGACAACUGAUGAGGAUGCUGGUUUCCUUGGACAUGACGACCUCCCGUCCAACGGUCUGGCUGUCACUCCGGACCACACCAACGAGGACGACGACGACAGAUCGUCACAUGCCAGCUCCAGCGACUGGGCACCUCAACCGCAAAUAGGUUCAUACAGUUUCAUCCAGCAACACAUCAGAGAGACUGAUCCGAGGACCAUUCUGAGGGAUUUACUGCCUGAGACUGUACUCCCACCAGAUUUAGACGACAUGACAUUGUGGCAGAUCAUCAUCAACAUCUCAGAACCUCCAAAAAGAAAGAAGCGGAAAGAUAUUAACACCUUAGAAGAUGUGGUCAGACUACUCCAUGAAAGUAAAAGGAUCCUUGUGCUGACUGGUGCUGGGGUGUCAGUGUCAUGUGGAAUACCAGACUUCCGCUCCAGAGAUGGUAUUUAUGCACGGCUUGCUGUGGAUUUUCCUGAUCUUCCAGACCCUCAAGCUAUGUUCGACAUUGAAUACUUCCGACGCGACCCCAGGCCCUUUUUUAAGUUUGCUAAGGAGAUCUACCCUGGUCAGUUUCAGCCUUCACCUUGUCACAAAUUCAUCUCUAUGAUGGAUAAGCAGGGGAAGCUGCUGCGCAACUACACCCAGAACAUUGAUACAUUAGAACAAGUGGCUGGAGUUCAGCGGAUUAUCCAGUGUCAUGGGUCGUUUGCAACUGCUUCCUGUCUCGUCUGCAAACACAAAUUGGAUUGUGAAGCUAUAAGGGAAGACAUCUUUAACCAGGUUGUCCCUCAUUGUCCACGUUGUCCAGAUAUUCCCCUGGCAAUCAUGAAGCCUGACAUCGUUUUCUUUGGAGAGAAUCUUCCAGAAAUGUUCCACAGAGCCAUGAAGCAGGACAAAGACGAGGUGGACCUCUUGAUUGUCAUUGGCUCUUCACUUAAAGUCCGACCAGUUGCCCUCAUCCCAAACUCAAUUCCUCAUGAAGUGCCUCAAGUCCUGAUCAAUAGGGAGCAGCUGCCUCACCUCAACUUUGACGUGGAGCUACUUGGGGACUGUGACGUCAUCGUCAACGAGCUCUGUCACCGGUUGGGUGGAGACUUUGAGCAGCUCUGCUACAACACUGUAAGACUCACCGAGACAACGGAGAAACCCCCUCGGCUACCAGAACAGCCACCAAGUGAGGCCUUGCCUGCUUCCAGCGACGCAGCUCAGGAGGAGCAGAAGCAGCACAGUACAGACUCGGUAACUAAGCCUUCAGAGGAGACCGAAAGUCCAAAUGCCACAGACACAGCUGGUAAAAAACCUCCAGAGCCUUGUCCAAAUGCCCAGUGUCCCAGCGAGGAGACGGCUGAGCCUUCAGAGUUACCAGCAGAAGACGCGCCAAAAGAGGAGGCCGCUGAAGUAAAGAGCCCAACCUCCAACCUUGAAUUCCGAAGACGAUGCUGGAUGAGUCGACUCAACAGAAGUCCAAUCAGCAAACGCCUUGAGACAGGCCAGUACCUGUUUCAAACACCAAAUCACUAUAUCUUCCAUGGGGCCGAGGUUUACUCCGAAUCUGAAGAUGAGACGUCGAGCUCCUGUGGGAGCGACAGUGACGAGUCUGAAUGCAGCGCAGAGGGGGUGGAGGAAGACAGCGAGCUGGAGGACGCCGUCACUCUAGCAGCAGAUGGAGAGACGUGCCUCGGAGACACAAUACAACACACUUUAGUCAAUGAGGCCACGUUGAGCGUGCAGACAGACAAUACUUCUGAAAAGACUCAGAGCACCGUACACCUUUAAAUGUAAAGUCAACAAAGCACUAAUUGUCUUUUCAUAUAUUUUUGACUCAUCAAACUAUUAUUUUUCAUAAAGUUGAAAUUGUGUGACAACUUUGUGAAUAUGCAGCAAGUUUUUUUUUUCUUGUUUAAAAAAAAAAAAAAGAAAAAGAUUUUUCGUGACAUGCAUUGUGUCUGAAACCUCAUACUGUAUACUUCUUACUAAAUAGAAUGCAGUAGUAUUAUUAUUAUUAUUAUUAUUAUUAUUAUUUAGUAUUUCUUUUCAUGUACUCAUCUCAUUUUCAUUCACAUUUUGAGAAAUUCUUCUUCCGAGACAUCCACUGCAGCAUACCGUGAAUGCAACACUAGAUUAAGCUUUAAUUCCUAAAUUGCAGUCAUUACAAGCAAAGACUUCAAAUGUCUGUCCAUAGUGUGAAGUCAGCUGUUGUCUAAUAAUGUGUUAUAGAAUUUGUUCAUGCUACCAUUGGGAGACAUGUAAAUAUGUAAACCUACUGCCUGCUAAAUAGUGGGUAUUAUGAUUUUCAGACACAUACAUCUUCAGAUGGUUUACUUGAAUACACUGUCUAACUUGCAAUAUAAAUGUUCAGCUCUGCUCUUUCAUUAGGGUAAAUGCUUGGAAAAAAAGAACAAUACUCUUUGAUUUUUAAACCAAAGAACUCUUUAUCAACACGGCUAUGUUGUCAUAAGCUUUGUAUGUUUAAUCUGUCAUUUAAAUCUUGGGAAAAAUAUAACUAUUGAAAAGGUGUUCCUUCUGACAUGUGGCAGCUACUUUUUAUGGUCAAGCCUCUUAUUUUUAUACUCUGUGAGACAUACUCAUCAAAGAGUAGAUGAUAGUUUAUAUCUGUACAAAGUUAUACUAAGUUGUAAUAUUAAGCCUUAAGAAUAUAUUCAAUGAGUUCACAUUGAAAAUGGCACUUUUGUUCCUUAUGAAAACCUUUUUGUUGCCCAUGUCACCUUUCAUAGAAUAUCAAGUCAUUCUGCAGAGGAUUCUGCUGCCUGUAAAGAUAAAGUGUUGGUACAUAGACCUAUUUGAUCCAAUGUGUUGGUUAAAGGUCUACACCAACCUAAUUCACUUACCAUUUACAAGGUAGCCUAAUGUUUUGUUUAUGGAAAUACGAUUUUUUUUACAUCCUUAUAGUUGUUAUCUCUUUGGGGGUUCUCAGUAAAAAAGAAUGAAAAACA